CUGUGUCUUAUACGAGGACUCCGAGUCGGAACUUGCCAUAUCUGCCACAUCGAUAUUACAUCGUAUCAUUCCCAUAUGCGGACAUGCCUGCAUGCAAUGGCCCCAAGGCGGCCGGACCCGGCCGCGGUCGGACACGACGUGCAUCGGUAGCAUGGAGCAAGCUAACAAUUACUCAAAGCUCACAGUCGUGGUGAUCACCAUACUCAAUCAGCAUCUUAACGUAUUUGGAAGUGAAACGUGUCAGUCAAUACCUCGGAAUGCAUGCCCCUAUCAAAUCUCAGAGCACACUGGUGAAUUGGUUCAGUUUGUCGCAAAGUAUUUAACACGUGAUCACCCAGAAUAUCACGCCAGAGUGCGAGAAGAAGUACGGGACAAAGUCAACUUGUAUUGCGCUCACCCAGAUUGUCACCCUAAUCCGUGUCAAAAUGGUGGCACGUGCGAGGAAGAAUAUGUUGGCUAUAGCUGCACAUGCCCGGGAGGAUACCAUGGAGUAAAUUGUGAGAUUCGCUAUUGUUCUUCCAAUCCGUGUCAAAAUGGUGGGACAUGCAAGGACGCAUAUGUUGGGUAUAGCUGCACCUGUCUAGGAGGAUAUCUUGGAAUGAAAUGUGAGAUUGCCUUGUGCCCAGCCAAUUGGGUAUAUGCGACCACAAAAUGUUUCCUGGUAGUGGAUCCUAGCAACAAGAUCUCUUUCCCAAUAGCGUAUGACUACUGUAAUGGAUUGGAUGCUGUUGCGAUGGGUAACGGAAUGAUGGAGGACCCCUCCUUGGUGUUCAUAGAGAGCAAUGAAGAGCAUGACGUUCUAAAGCCUCUAAUUACUGCUAUUUGGCUGUGGCUAAACUGUGAAAGAACGGGCGAAUCAUUUGUUUGCUACAACGACAGAGGAAGAACAAUGAUUAGUCACUACCGGAACUGGGGUGUUGAUGAGCCUACCAAUGGCGAUAAUGAAGACUGUAUUUCCUUUAAAGGGGAAGUUCACCCUGACAAAAAGUUUAUUGUGUUAGAUGCUGUAUUUUAG